AUGAACAGGACUCCUAGAAGGGGAAGGGCGACACGUCACGAGAUUUCAAACAGAUUUAUCGCAAAAAAUAAAGUACCAAGUGACGCAGAAGAUUCACAUCAUUCUCCUUUUAGGCAUCGCAGUAAAGAGAAGACUGUGGCCAAUAGGUGCUGUUACGUAACUCCUGACAAGAAGGACUUUGGACAGUCCUACGGGCCUGAUAGAAGAUCAAGAGAUAAACGUCCACAUCAAAAUAUACUUGCUGGAACAAAAUCAUUUCAAUACGAUCAUUACCGAACUUUACUGAAAGAUCAAUACGGAUUCGAUCCGUCAAAAUCGGAAACUAUCGCUCCUUUUAGAGAUAAAUUCAAAAGGGUGCCAAAUUUGAAUAACAAUAAGGUUGAAUCUCGUCCACACUAUAUCCAGAAAGGUACGUCACCUGCGUUCGUGGAGACACCUGAUGGAUCACAUUGGCAGAACGUGGACAAUAUUGAUGAAUUAGAAACUAUUGUUACGCACGAAGACACACCAACAGUGUACGAGCAUCUUCCAAAGCAUAUCUACAUAUCCGAGGUGCCACGCGUCAAAAUAAUCGCUGAGAAAUUUUCUAAAUACAAGAAGAAUAACAUCGAACUCCGUCGACUCGAUGAAAAGGUGGUUUGUGUGGAGUACAGCAUCUACGACGGUACGAGCAAACAUGACUUGAGACCUAUACAGAGGAUGAGGGCUUUCUUUUCUAUCAAACCUUCCUCAGAAGAUGACAGUCCGAAUCACGAAUCCGGCAAGUUACCAAGCUUACCUCCGAGUGUCAAACACCAAUUCGACAUCCUAGAUGAAGACUUGAAAAAGUUAACGGACAAAGAGAUUGAAAUAAUCGAUGGAAAGAUAGAGGAUAACAGAUCUUAUCUGGAGGACUUAAGGCGUAUAUUGAAACGGAAACAAGUGAUACACGCUAAAAAGAAUAGAAAGACGUUGGAUUUGGAGUCUCUAUAUCAAAUGGCGAAGCGAGAUGUGUCAUCCGUCGGUUGUGGGUAUUCGGGAGCGAAUUUACUUUCGAAGGCGGAAUUGCAAGAUGUAAAGGACUUGAUACUUCACAGAUGUACGUCCAGUGUGCACGGUAUUAGAAGAAAGAGUAUUAAAAGGAAAGAUAAAGGGUCCGGAAUAGAUUACGGUCUUAUAUCUGAGACCAUUGUGGCUGAACUGUUGCGAGACGAUGGCAAACUUAGUGUCUAG